AUGGAGAAGACUCGUAAUUCAAGGGAGGAAGAUAUUCUCAACGUAGGCCUUCUGGAAAUCCUGUUUUCUUGGAGUCUCGACAAUGUUAUCAACGACAAUCUUUAUAAAGACAAGGUUCAUAAGAUACCAGAAACGUUCAAGUCUACCAAAGAUUAUGUGAACUCGUUCAUUCCAGCACUGAUCGAGGAGACGCACAGUGAUUUAUCUUCAAACUUAAUGGGGAUUACAAAAGCACGUUUUUCUGAAAUCAUGAUGGUUGAAAGAGACAAAAAGAGCUUUGAACUUCCAAAAGCUUUGUUCUAUCAGCUAGUGUUGAAGAGUACUAAAACUGAUGAAGUGGAAGAGAAAGGUAUUGGAAAUUAUGAGCCUGAGUCUGGAGAUGUCAUUGCUUUGACAGAAAUAAGGCCCAAAAACAUACAUGACUUGAAAAAACCAGGAAGCUACCAUAUCGCUUAUGUUCUUGGGCCAAAAGAUGAUGCUGAUGAGAUAUCUAUACUGGCAUCCAAACCCAUAAAGAUGGAUAUUGAAUUGGGAUUGAUUAAUGAUAAAAAGAAGAAAUUCUAUGCAAUUUACCUUUUGAACCUGACAACUAAUGUUCGUAUUUGGAAAGCUUUGAACUCACAGUUGGAUGCUGAGGACAUGAGCUUGAUUAGAAAAGUGCUUCAACCUGAUUUAAAUGGUGGAGAAGACUGUCAAAUUUGCCUUCCCGUUGAAAGUUUUCAAGCUCCUUCCAUCAUACAAGACAUGAUUCGUACUCAGAAUCUGAAUCAAUCCCAAGAAGAGGCAGUUUUAAGAUGUGUUAGUAUGAUAAAUUGCAGGCAUAACAACACAAAACUUAUAUGGGGCCCUCCAGGGACAGGGAAAACAAAAACUGUUGGAUGCUUAUUGUUUUCUCUUCUCAAGUUAAAAGCAAGAACACUAACUUGUGCUCCAACCAAUACUGCAGUGCUGGAAGUGGCAGCAAGGUUGCAUAGUUUAGUUAGAGGCUCCAAUCUGCAUAGAACAUAUGGUAUGGGUGACAUAGUGCUAUUUGGCAAUAGAUCAAGAAUGAAAGUGGACUCUUAUCAGGGCCUAGGAGAUUUGUUUCUUGAUUCUCGCGUAAAAGGUCUUAUGAAGUACCUUUCUGCAUCAACUGGAUGGCAUCAAAUCUUUGAAUCAUUGAUCCAGUUGCUUGAGGGCCCUAGGAAACAAUAUUUAUUGUAUGAGAAGGAGAUAGGACUUAUGUCAUUAGAAGAAUUUGAAAUGACAGAAGAUACUAAUAUGGAUUUUGCAUAUCGUGCAUACAAGAGAAGUAUGAGUUAUGAUGUUUCAGUGACGUUUGAAGAAUUUGUGCAGAGAAAACGGAAAGAAUUACCAGAAAAGUACAAGUCGGAUCAAGAUGCAAAGAAGAAAAGUAUGAUGACAAUGGAGGAUUUUGUAAAGAGGAAAUUCAGGGAAUGUAGUGAGAAUCUCAGUCUCUUUAUGAAUACCUUGCAAACCCACUUACCAACAUCUGUCAUUUCACUUGGAACUGUGAAGCAAAUGUUCAGAGUUCAGGAUUUGUUAAGUUCUCUUAAAAUUUCCUUGAGCCAAGUCAAGUUCAUGCCAAAUCACAACGAUAGCGAUGAAGAAAGAAUUCUGCUUUGCCUUGGAUGGACAGGAUUCAAAAUCAAUGAGUGCCUGAGCUUACUAAAUUCACUUCCUAAGUCAAUUUCCCUUCCUGAAUUUAAAUGGAGAGUUGAAGCUGAAAAGUUUUGCUUGUCCAAUGCAUGCAUAAUUUUAUGCACAGCAUCAAGUUCUAUUAAACUGUACUCAGAAGGGUUCAGCUCAGUGCAAUUUCUAGUAAUUGAUGAAGCAGCACAAUUAAAAGAAUGUGAAUCAGCAAUUCCAUUACAGCUGCCAGGUCUCAACCAUUGCAUCUUAAUAGGUGAUGAGAAACAGCUUCCUGCAUUAGUGAAAAGCAGGACUGCAGAUAAUGCUGAAUUUGGAAGAAGUUUGUUUCAGAGGCUGGUGCUCUUAGAUUACAAGAAGCAUAUGCUUAAUGUUCAAUAUCGGAUGCAUCCAUCCAUUAGUUUAUUCCCAUGCAAAGAGUUUUAUGAUGAAAAACUUACUGAUGCCCCCACUGUCAAGGAAGAAAGCUAUAAUAGAAGUUUCCUUGAAGGAGAAAUGUUUGGUUCUUAUUCUUUUAUCCAUAUAGCAAAGGGGAAAGAACAGUUUGGUCGUGAACACAGUUUGAAGAACCAGGUUGAAGCUGCUGUUAUUUCUGAGAUAAUUGGAAGACUUAAAAAUGAGUUUUUUAGGACAAGGAAGAAAGUUAGCAUUGGAGUAGUAUCUCCAUAUAAUUCCCAAGUUUAUGAAAUCCAAGAGAAAAUUAAGCAGCACAUUACAGUUUCUGAUCCUGACUUCUCUGUCAGUGUUCGUUCGGUAGAUGGAUUUCAAGGCGGGGAACAAGACAUAAUAAUAAUUUCUACUGUGAGAUCUAAUCCUAGUGGAAAAAUUGGUUUUCUGUCCAACAAAAAUAGAGCAAAUGUGGCUAUGACCAGGGCCAGGUAUGGCCUUUGGAUAAUAGGAAAUGCAGCAACACUUUUCAGCAGUGACUCAGUGUGGAAAAAGGUAAUUUUGGAUGCUAAGCAAAGAGAUUGUUUCUAUACGGCCAAUGAGGACAAGAAACUGGCUCGGGUUAUUGAGGAUGUUGUUUUUGAGAUGGAACUACUUGAAGAAUCUGAGUCCAAGUUUAAGAAACUCAAUCUAGGGGAGAGGACAUCCAGACCGUCCUCCGCGACAUCAACGCGGCUCCCUGCCAACUCCACCCUAACGCCUGGGCCUUCAUUCGGUGUUUUGAAAUCCUAAGCGCCGCUGUCGGCAUCGCCCCAUCCCCCACCAGUUUCUUCUACCUCUACGACGUCGACCCCAAGUCCAUCAAAAACAAAGGAUGGAUUUCCUUGAAGGCCCGAGCCGGCCGGAAAUGCUUGCAUCCCCACAAAAGUAACGCGAAGUCCACCUUCGCACGGAAGUACUUCCGUGUGGCGGUUCAUCCCGCCUACCCAGAGGCAUUCACCCUUAGAGACGGGACCGCCCUUUUUCCUCUUUACUGGACGGAGAAGCCCAAUGGGUCACCGAUCCUUCAGAGGAAUCUUUGUCCGCCAACGACAAAGCCUUUCUUAAUCUCCUUGCCCCACUUCCCAUCCUUGACUGCACAACAGUUCUUGAGGGCGCUGACCUCUCAAGAACUCCCAAAUACUUAGAAGAUAUGAAUUUCACGAACGCCGAGCUCCUGAAGGCCCGUGAGAGGAGAAUGGCUCGCUUUUCCCCAAAAUUCAACACUGAGGGCGACGCGAAAAAACGGGGCGGUGCUGAGAACCAAGCCGAGAGCACCAAAGCUCCCAAGAGGAGAAGAUUGGUCAAAGCCUCCUCCGGCGCCGGCACAUCCAAUCCUGGCGCUCAGCCCACCACUGCUGCUGCGCCUAAAGGCAAAAAUGUCACUGAAGCCUCCGUCGUCGCGACUAUCGAGCCAACCACCGUACCAGCUUCUACUCCUGCCACCGCCGGUGCGACCGCUGCUGCUGCCGCCGAGUCCUCUGUUGGCGCCACAGCCGCCUCUGCCGGCGCCAACGCCACAAAAGCUGCUGCGUCUUCCGACACUCCUAUUGGAGAGAAGGAAAAAGAAAAUGAAACUCCGAAGUCUCCCCCUCGCCAAGAUGCGCCUCCUAGCCCGCCCUCAACACAUGAUGCGGGCUCCAUGCCUUCCCCGCCUCAUCAAGGGGAAAAAUCCUGUCCUGGCGCUGCCACUACCUCUGAAGCGGCU